UAGUUGGAGAAUAUUCACAGUAAAGUGUAGAUCACUGAACAUUCAAAAAAUUUUGUUUUUAUGGAAAAACGGCGUGUUUAAUUUAAUCUGUGAUAUUAAAAAUAAAAAAAAAAAUAAAUAAACAGAAAAAAAAACAAGUGAAUUAAUUAUUAAAAAAAUUUUUAAAAAAGUAAAAGUAAAAACAAUAAUAAAUUUAUUGAGUAUAAAAUUAAAUUUCAAGAUUUUUUUUCGACAAACAUGAGUUGGGUUAUAGAGGCCUUCUUAUUUGUAGUUUUAGUACUAUUUUUAAUAUAUAAAUAUAUAACAUUAAAAUAUGAUUAUUUUGAUGUUCGAGAUAUACCAUAUGAGAAACCAUUCCUUUGCUUUGGUAAUUUUAAAUCACUUUUAUUUAAAACUGAAGCAAUGUUUUAUACAAUAAGAAGAUUACAUGAAAAAUUCAAGGAUGAAAAAGUUUAUGGUAUUUUCGAAGUUCGUAAUCCAAUAAUAUCAAUUCGUGAUCCAGAUCUAAUUAAACAGAUUACAGUAAAAGAUUUUGAUCAUUUUGUUAAUCAUCGUCAAAUAUUAUCAGAACAUGAUGAUCCAUUAUUUGGGAAUAGUUUAUUUAAUAUGCUUGAUUCAAAAUGGAAAGAUAUGAGAUCAACAUUAACGCCAGCAUUUACUGGUAAUAAAAUGCGUGUUAUGUUUGAAUUUGUUAAAGAAUGCUGUGAAGAUUCAGUAAAUUAUUUGAAAAAAGAAUCAUUAAAAAAUAAUCCAAAUGAAAUUGAAUUGGAAAUGAAAGAUUUCUUUACACGUUUUACAAAUGAUGUUAUUGCAACAAGUGCAUUUGGUAUUAAAGUGAAUUCAUUAAAUGAUAAAGAAAAUGAAUUUUAUCGGAUGGGUAGAAAAAUUACAAAUUUUACUGGUUGGGUUAUGUUAAAAUUCUUUUUAUUUAGUAAUUUUAAAGCUGCAAUGAGGUUCUUAAGAAUGAAACUUUUUGAUCCAGAACAAUCUGAAUAUUUUAGAAGAUUAGUAAUUGAUGCAAUGAAAUAUCGUGAAGUAAAUGGUAUUAUUAGACCAGAUAUGAUAAAUAUGUUAAUGGAAGCACGUAAAAAUCCAGAAAAAUCACAUAAUCGUGAAUGGAAUGAUGAUGAAAUUGUUGCACAAUGUUUUAUAUUCUUUUUGGCUGGUUUUGAAACAUCAUCGAAUGCUAUGUGUUUUGCAGCACAUGAAUUAAUGGAAAAUCGUGAUAUACAAGAAAAAUUAAUUGAAGAAAUUGAUGAUGUUCGAGAACAAUUAAAUGGUGAAUCAAUUUCAUAUGAAACAUUAAAUAAAAUGAAAUAUUUAGAUAUGGUUGUAUCAGAAACAUUAAGAAAAUGGCCUGGUGCAUUGGCAACUGAUCGUGUCUGUGUUAAACCAUAUGUAUUAAAAUAUGAUGAUCGUAAAUUAGAAUUAGAUAUUAAUGAUGUUUGUUGGGUAAAUAUAUCAGGAUUACAUUAUGAUCCAGAAAAUUUCCCUGAUCCAGAAAAAUUUGAUCCAGAAAGAUUUAGUGAUGAAAAUAAAUCAAAUAUUAAACCGUAUACUUAUUUACCAUUUGGUGUUGGUCCAAGAAAUUGUAUUGGUAAUCGGUUUGCUCUUAUGGAAUGUAAAGCUGCUCUAUAUUAUUUAUUAUCAGAAUUUACUUUUGAUGUUGGUAAAAAGACAAGUAUACCAUUGAUAUUGGAUGAAGUUGGUUUUCAAUUAAAACCUAAAAAAGGUUUUUGGUUAAAAUUAACACCUAGACAAAAAAUUUCAAUUUAAUUAAAUUGUUACAGAUAUUUUAUUUUUUUCCAAAUAAAACAAUAUUAAAUUUUUUUCAAUUUUA